GUGGUAGUGACAGCAGCAGCAGCGGUGUCUCAAUCGCGCCGAAAGAGAGCGAGAACAUGUCAUUGGAUUUCCGCGAAUGAGCUCGAGUCGAGAGAGAAAGAGAGAGAGAGAGAGGAGCGCGACGAGCCCAAUCUUCGAAUUCCCGGCCGUGAUCUCGUGGACGGAGGGACGAACGGCGGCGGUGGUUGCACAUGUGAUUCCCCCUGAGUGGCCGACCCCAUUUGGCAGACGCGAUGAAGAAGUUCACGAUCAAGGGUGUACUCGACGGGUUCCGGUCGUCGGUCCCGCAGCCCGCCAAGCCCGACCAGGAGAUCGUCGAGAAUCUCAGGCCGGAGCACUUUCAAGUUAAGAAGACAUUCAGACACGGCUUCCCGCAUCAGCCGACUGCGUUGGCAUUCGAUCCAGUUCAAAGGCUUCUAGCUAUUGGCACUAAAUCAGGAUCCCUCAGGAUUUUGGGUAGACCGGGUGUAGAUGCACAUGUUAAACACGAGGAAUGUGUGGCCGUGCUGCGACUGCAGUUCCUGAUCAACGAAGGAGCGCUGGUAUCCGCCACGGAGGACGACACCUUGCAUUUAUGGAACUUCCGCCAGAAGAUACCGCAGGUGGUGCACAGCCUCAAGUUUCAAAGAGACAGAAUCACUUGCAUUCAUUUACCGCUGCAAAGUAAAUGGUUGUACAUCGGGACUGACCGAGGGAACAUUCACAUACUGCACAUUGAAACGUUCGUUCUGUCUGGAUAUGUAAUUAAUUGGAACAAGGCUAUCGAAGUAUCUAGAAAGACUCACCCUGGUGCUGUAGUACACUUGAGUGAUAAUCCUUUAGAUUUGAGCAAGAUGCUUAUAGGAUAUUCGACUGGGCAAAUCGUUCUGUGGGACUUGAAAACCAAGAGCGCUGACUAUAGAUGUCAAACGGAUGAUCUGUUAACAUCGAUAACAUGGCAUCACGAAGGUAAACAAUUUAUGUGCAGUCACUCGGACGGUUCUCUUUCUACUUGGACUCUUCGACAAUUAAAGCCAACUAUAACAUUUCCACAUGCGAAAUUUACCAAAGACGGAGAACCUGAACGUUGCAAAGCGAUUCAGAAAGUAGAAUGGAAAUUGUCGAGAUCGGGAGAAGCAUAUGUGAUAUUCUCUGGUGGAUUGGCACAGGACACCACUGGGAGAACACCCAGCAUUACGGUGAUACAUGGAAAAACUACUACGGUGCUCGAAAUGGAACAUAAUGUUGUAGACUUUAUAACGCUAUGUGAUAGUCCAUGGGCUAGUGAUUUUCAAGAUCCUUACGCUGUUGUUGUUUUACUACAAAAUGACCUGGUUGUGAUAGAUUUGUUAACUACUGGAUUCCCUUGUUUUGAGAAUCCAUAUCCUAUGGAUAUUCACGAAUCUCCCGUGACAUGUUGUGCAUAUUUCGCGGAUUGCCCUUCGGAUUUAGUACCUGCAUUUUAUUCUGUUGGCUCUAAGUCGCAGAAGAAAACCGGCUUUAGCGAGAAGGAAUGGCCUAUCUCCGGUGGCGAGUGGAGCUCCAGUUCUAGCAGUUAUAACGAGAUUAUCCUCACUGGGCAUGCCGAUGGCAGUAUAAAGUUUUGGGAUGCUUCAGCGGGAACAUUACAAGUCCUUUACAAACUGAAGACGGCGAAACUUUUCGAAAAAACUAAAACACGUAGUAUAGAUUCUGAGGAAGAUCCGUUAGCGAUUCAACUUAUCUUCCUUUGUCCUGAAAGUCGCAAAUUAGCUAUCGCGGGAAGCGGCAAGCAUGUCGUGUUGUUUAAAUUUAAGAAGGUUGAAAGUAUGUCUGAAGUAGUGACUUUGGAAAUAUGCCUAUCGGUAGACCCGGCAAAAGAAACGGACAAUUCACCGGAUCGUGAAUCUCCGGCGACCGGAAACAUCGUGGGAAACGUGGAAACGAAGACUAUAGAAUUCAAUCAUCCGCUCAAAGUCAAGACGGGACUGCAGAAAAGACCGGCCGGUUUUCAAGCGACGCUGAUUUGUUUGACAACAGCACCUCCCGGAGAAUUACCUGAAAAUAUAACGUCCCUCAGUUUAAACUCCUCAUACGGCCUAUUGGCCUAUGGAAAUGAGUCAGGAUUAGUGAUAGUGGACAUCGUGCAGAAGAUCUCCUUAAUCGUAUUGAACACCAGUGAUCUUGGAAGUGGCGAUCCUUACCAGCGCGUCUUACGCAGUCCCAAGCGGCAGGACGAAUUGAAACGAGAAAACGAAGACAAGGCAAGAAGUCCAAGUACAGACCAGAGCCAGCGAGAAUCCGCGAUGGAAUCCGAGCCGGUAGUUGCAAGGGUAGCGGAUUCGGUCCAACAGGCACAGCAACAGCAACAGUGUCCUCGCAAUGAGGGUCAGACUGGAAACAGUAGCGAUAAACCGAGCGCGGAGGAGACUGCAAACGAAUCCAAUAAAGCGGGUAGCAUUCCUAACGGCGACGAGUGUCAGAAAAGCCAAGGUUGGAAGGGAUUUAGUCUCAAGAGACAACUGAGCAAGGUUGAUCUGAAGAUCAAAAAUACUUUUACACCGUCCUCGGUGUCUUCUCAAAAUGGGGUACUUAGCUCGUCAUCGGGGCUCAUGCAAGUACCCCAAUGCCAGCAGAUAGGCAGCGAUACCGGUAGUCAAAAGUCUUCCACGUUUUACUGCAAUGUCAACGAGGCGGCCAGCACGAGUCGUUCGCUGUCGCCGGUCGAAAGUGUUGACUCCGAGUCCUCGCUUUCGCCGGAGAGCCAGUCUCCUGGACACGAGAGUUCUCAGACCGAUGACAGGAAGCGAGAGAUCCAGGAGGCUAGAAGCCCGACGGAGACUGAGGGCGAGAAAGCGAUAAUGAGCAAUGACAGUGUUGGCGGUAAAGUCGAGGCGGUCAGGCCGAUGAACCUGUCUUUGCUCGAUCAAGAGCUGAAGCCGCCGAGAUUGAAAUAUAUCGCCAAGAUCAAACAGGCAAAGAGAGAGGGCCGUUUGCUAUCGGUGCCAAAUCUAAAAUUUUCCAAGAGCGAGACGACCGUUUGUGACCUAAGAUGCGAGGAGAGCGCUACCUCUGAAUCAUUCACCGGCAAUCUUAUAAGAAGAUUCAGUCGAAUAGACAAAUUCGACGGCUCCUUCCAACGAUCAAGGAGCUCGAGUAUGUCGUCCCUCGAGAACAUCACCACAGAAACCAUAAGCUGCCUUACAUUUGCGGAUUCUUAUACGAAAAAAAACGAUACAAACGGCAUGCCGACGUUAUGGAUUGGCACGUCUCUGGGAUCUGUACAGACUGUUGUAUUCAAUACGCCUGCCCACAGCGAACGUCAUGCUCACCCAGUGGUUGUGUCUACCUGUAAUGGAUCCACUUUCAAACUCAAGGGUUGUAUCUUAUCAAUGUCGUUCUUAGACUGUAACGGCGCUCUAAUCCCGUGUUCGUACGAGUCCUGGAAAGACGAGAGCACGGAUGGCAAAGAACGAAACAAGAGCCAAGGAAAAUGUACAAAUAGUCGAAUGUCACCGUCGACGAACACGCAAGUCGGCGGGGACAACUUCGAGGACAGACAAUUCGUUGUACUUGCAUCAGAGAAGCAAGCAAGAGUCGUGGCGUUACCUUCCCAAAACUGUGUAUAUAGGCAACAGCUGGCAGAGACUCAUAUUGUAAUUAAGGCAGAAGUCACGUCAUUGAAAGAUAACGUCUGCCUGGUAUGUUACGUUUCGAACGGUCACAUCACAACGUACAGUCUGCCCAGUCUCAGACCAUUGAUAGACAUCGAUUUUCUACCUCUUAUAGAUUUGAGUUUUCAGACCACAAAACACGGCAUUGUAGACCCCAUGUUGACCAUAUGGGGUCAUCAACUCUUUGUUAAUGGCGAUACCGAUCAGAUCGCAAAGACGCUUUGCUUCAGCAAUCGAGGUCACGGUUUGUACCUAUCGUCACCGAUGGAAAUACAGAAGUUCUCCGUUUCGAGUGAAUUCUGCGGUGAAUUGACGGAGAUGAUGGGGGAUCUAUUUAUCGGCCACGACAUGCCGGAACCACCCAAAGAAAGUUUCUUCAAAGGUUUAUUUGGUGGUGGCUCGAGGAGUGUCGAUCGAGAAGAGUUGUUCGGCGAAUCCAGCGGUCGUGCGUCGCGGACAGUGGCGAAACAUAUUCCAGGACCAAACGAAGCUAUUCGGGAGCGAGUCUCCAGCGCGACCGGCGAAGUAAAUAUGGCACACCAGAUGGUCGUGGAGCGCGGAGAGAAGCUGUCGCAGCUCGAGGAGCGGACCGGGCGCAUGAUGUCGGAGGCCGAGAACUUUUCGCAGGGCGCUCACGGACUGAUGCUCAAGUACAAAGACAAGAAAUGGUACCAGCUAUGAGAACGCCACUUGGCCCGAGUCCGAUGGGACGACGCACGUUUCUUUAGUUAUUUAGCGUUCUGUGUUUCGUCUAUGAGUUUUGUCGUAUUAAGAAACUAAAAGCUAGCUCUACUAUGAUCCUCACACACGCACAUACGGGAAAUAUUUACACGAAGGGAGAGAGAUAAAGCGGAUAUAUGUAUAUGCGAUCGCCUGUGCGACGCACACGGUACACACGCACACGCUGUAAACGUGGGAUAAACAUAUUUAGCGAGAAAGAAAAGAAGAAAACAUAUAUUUCAAAUUGGAGUAGUAUGGCGGCGAUCUCUCAAAUGUAUAAAUCUUUGCGUAUGGAUGAGUAAAAGAGGGAUGUCGCAGAGACCGCGGCCGAACGCCGCGAUGCACUUGCGCGGAUGUGACGCGUACGUUAUAAUUAUUUAAAAAAAAGUAAAGUACUUAUGCGCAAAGACGCGGACAAGAAUAUACGCGAGUCAAUAUAAGCAAUUAUGUAAUUCGCCUUUUACUCGGCACUCGUUGAUUCAUUCGGACGUCCUGUGAACGUGUUUAAUGGCGCCUUGCCUUGUUUGCUUUUCAGCGCAAAGAAUUGCCAAUAAGUAUUUAUGAACGUCAUAUUGUUGCAGAGCUUUUAAACACUCCCGGAUAGAUGGAAUCGAGUGAAACACUAAGAAUCGCAUUGGUUAUAAGUCGAGUAAAAAUAGUACUUAUACGUAUAUAUUACAUGAGUUCUCCUAUAUUAGAUUAAUAUUCUAUAUAUGUUGUGUAAGAGAGAAAAUAUAUAUUAUUGGAAUGAAAUGUACAUGGCUGCUCGUAUAUCAAUAAUGCCAUUGGAAAAAUUGCAGUGUAGUGAAACACAUUCUAGAAAAAGAGUUGUUAUUGACUAAUAAUUCUUAUUCCGCGAUGUAAAUUUUAUAUAAUAAUCGUGUACACUGUAAGCUGACCUGUAUUUAAAUACUUAUCGUUACACGAUCGUAGGGCACUUUCGUAAAUAUCCGUUAAGGGGAGAAAACGGAUGGCCAAUGCGAUUCUUAAGAUUCGCAAGUCUAUCGAGUUACACGGGUGCGAGUGAGAAAUUUGUUGAGAUUGACAGAAGCGGAUUUUGUGGAUACUUAAACGAAAGUUACGAACGCAGGCAAGACGGCACAGCGACACUAUUCCGAAUGUAUUGACAAUAAACGUAGCUAACUCGGUGAGAAAGAGUAAAAUUGGAUAAAAGUUGAAUGCAAUGAAAUAUAUUUUAUCCAGAAUGGCGGGUGUUGCGCAGGCCGCAAAAGCCGCCGUGCUCGCCACGCUGAUAAGAAUGUAUUAGUUGUUACUGAUUGUAGUUAUCGCUAGACGUGCUAUGUAUAUAUAAAGAGACGAAUACAAGUAGGACAGAUUUCACGUUAUAAAAGCUGUUUAUAUAACAAUGUAUUAUGAGUUACGCUGUUUCGACGCCGACGAUAAGUUCAACUGGAUUUACGACACAUCUAGCCGACGUGACAUGAGUUAACUAUUGUAAUUUUAGCACUACACAUAGCUUAGAUUAAUUAAAGACAAUAUAUAAGAUAUAAAAUAUACAUACAUAUAAAUAACCAGAUAUAUAUAUGUAUAUAUGUGUAUAUAC